AUGGACCCGGAAGUCAUGAAGCUGAUGGGUUUAUCUAUCCUAAGUCUAUGCGUCGCACUCCGCUUCGGCCGAGGUGGACAAAGACAGAUAGAGAUGUGGUCUGAAAACACGUGCCUGUCCAGUCCGUCCGGAGAAAUCUUACAACAGCCUCUUAGAAGUCCGACUGAUUUAUUUCAUUCUGGGCAGAUUGUAAAAAUAUGUGCUCCUAUGGUUCGAUAUUCGAAAUUAUCUUUCCGAACUUUGGUAAGGAAGUACAACUGUGAUUUAUGCUACACCCCAAUGAUUGUUGCCGCUGAUUUUGUCCGAUCUGAGAAAGCUAGACACAGUGAAUUUAUAACAAACCAAGGUACUAGAACUAAUUUUGCUUUUUCUAUUUCAAGGUGGGCUAUGGCAGAAGGUUAUGGUGCUUGCUUAAUAAAUAAACCAGAACUUGUCCAAGACAUGGUGAAAUUAGUAAAAAAUCAAGUGGAAAAUCCCUUGUUUUCAGUGUCCAUCAAGAUAAGGAUUCACGAUGAUCUAAAAAGAACCAUAGAUCUAUGCCAAAAAGCUGAAGCAGCUGGAGUAUCCUGGAUUACUGUCCAUGGGAGAAAUGUGGAAGAAAGACAUCAGCCAGUACACUGUGAUGCCAUUAAAAUAAUUAAGGAAAGUCUUUCUAUACCAGUGGUAGCUAAUGGUGAUAUGAAAUCUUUAAAAGAUGUGGAGGACAUCCAUCAGAUAACAGGAACAGAUGGUGUCAUGGUUGCAAGAGGGCUUCUCGCCAAUCCAGCCAUGUUUGCAGGAUAUGAAGAAACACCUCCAGAAUGUGUUCAAGACUGGGUUCAUAUUGCUCUUGAACAUGGAACUCCUUUUACGUGUUUUCAUCAUCAUUUAAUGUACAUGUUAGAAAGAAUCACUUCAAAACAAGAGAAGAAGAUUUUUAAUGUUUUAUCAAGUACAUCUGCAGUUUUAGACUAUCUUAGAGAUAACUAUGGUGUGCAGUAAUGUUCUGGUAAUUUAAAUCAUGUCAAGACUCCACUAUUCCCAUGCAAACCGAUUUGUACAUUUGGAAUAUUUAUAUUUGAAAUAUGUAUAUUUUUCUACUCAGUGUCUUGCAGAUAUGCCUUUGCAAUGUUUCAAUACAGUUGUAAUGUUAAAACGAUUCAAAAGCUGUAUUGUCUAAUGGCUGCAUUUAGAUAUAACAUGAACAGGCUUCAGGUGAGUUUGUGAACUUUGUUAGCAAAUUUUUAAUUUUUUUAUUGUAGUCAUUUAUUCUCUC